AUGGGUGCAAUGUCUAUUCGCAGGAGUCUAUCACGUUUACAUGCAGAAUGUGAAGCUUUGAUAUGGGCGAUGGAGUGCAUGAAGAACCUACAUAUCUCAGAGGUGGUGUUUGCAACAGACUGCUCACAGUUGGUGAAGAUGGUGUCUACUCCAACAGAAUGGUCGGCGUUCACUACUCACAUGGGGGAGUUUCUACGAUGUAAGGAAUACUUCCCCACUUUCACUAUUCAGCAUAUUCCAAGGGCACAAAACAUAAUGGCGGAUAAGCUAGCACGAUGUGCUAGGACUCAGCCUUCUGCUAUGGUAUAUGUUGACUCCGUUCCUCCGAGAUGGUUAUCGGCUCAGGAAUCUACUUAG